AUGGCCGACAACCUCCACAAUGCCCCCAUAGUCCUGGACAACGGCUCAGGCACAAUCCGCGCCGGCUUCGCAGGCGACGACCUCCCCAAAUGUUACUUCCCUUCUUUUGUCGGGCGGCCGAAACAUCUCAGAGUGCUAGCUGGCGCAUUAGAAGGAGAUGUGUUUAUUGGACAGAGGGCGCAGGAGUUGAGGGGCCUGUUGAAGAUCAGAUAUCCGUUGGAGCAUGGCAUUGUGACGGAUUGGGAUGAUAUGGAGAGGAUUUGGGAGUGGGUGUAUGGGGAGGGACUGAAAACUUUGAGUGAAGAGCAUCCUGUCUUAUUAACAGAACCGCCUCUCAAUCCUCGAAGUAACCGCGAUACUGCUGCCCAAAUCCUCUUCGAAACCUUUAACGUCCCCGCACUCUAUACAUCCAUUCAAGCCGUUCUCUCACUGUAUGCCUCUGGCCGAACUACUGGUAUAGUUCUGGAUGCAGGAGAUGGCGUAUCACACGCUGUACCGGUAUACGAAGGAUUUGCAAUGCCGAGCUCAAUACGGAGGAUAGAUGUAGCUGGGCGAGACGUCACAGAGUACAUGCAGCUAUUAUUACGGAAAUCAGGAUACGUUUUCCACACGAGUGCCGAGAAAGAGGUAGUGAGGAUGAUUAAGGAGAAAGUCAGCUACGUGGCAGCGGACCCGAAGAGGGAAGAGAAGGAAUGGUCUGGUGCGAAAGUUGGAGAUGGCAAGGUGGUGGAGUAUGCCCUGCCUGAUGGGAAUAAGAUCAAGAUUGGCGCAGAGCGUUUCCGCGCCCCUGAAAUCCUGUUCGAUCCCGAGAUCAUAGGCCUCGAAUACCCCGGCAUCCACCAAAUUGUCGUGGACGCCAUAAACCGCACGGAUCUCGACCUGCGGAAAUCUCUAUUCGGGAAUAUUGUCUUGUCUGGAGGAAGUACAUUGACGAAGGGCUUUGGUGACAGGUUACUGCAUGAGGUGCAGAAGUUAGCGGUGAAGGAUAUGAGGAUCAAGAUUUUUGCGCCGCCGGAAAGGAAAUAUUCCACCUGGAUUGGAGGUAGUAUUUUGGCGGGACUGAGUACUUUCAGAAAGAUGUGGGUCAGCAUCGAUGACUGGCACGAAAAUCCGGAUAUCAUCCACACGAAAUUCACAUAA